CCCAGCUGUGAUUCAGUCAGAUUACAGGAGGUACUCGACUUGAAGAAUAGGUUCAGUGAGAAUUUGAAAUUAUUUAUUAUUCUAAUUAAAAACAAGCAAAAUUGUGUGUUUUUUGAAUUUUUAUUCAUUAUGUGAAACUUUCUUUUCCUAUAUCAAUAUGUUUUGUCGUAGUGCUCGUGAUGAUUAUUUCUCUUCCAUGAUAUUCAAACAUCAAAAAGCCUAGGCUAGCCCUACCUGACGAACCCUUGCUGUGUUAAUGGCGACUUGAAGUUUUUGCUAAUUAUUGUAAUUUUAAAUAGUCUAUCAGAUACUAAAAGCAAAAUGGCUCAUGCGGCUGGUGUUCUAUCCUCUGAUAUUAGUAGACGAAACCCUCAGGAUGAGUAUGAGCUUAUUCAAAGGAUCGGGAGUGGUACCUAUGGAGACGUUUACAAGGCAAAGCGGCUUUCAACAAACGACCUUGCUGCUAUUAAAGUUAUCAAAUUGGAACCAGGAGAUGAUUUCGCGAUUAUUCAACAAGAAAUUCUUAUGAUGAAAGAUUGCCAACAUACCAAUAUUAUUGCGUACUAUGGCAGCUAUUUGAGGCGAGAUAAAUUGUGGAUUUGCAUGGAAUAUUGUGGCGGUGGCUCUCUACAGGAUAUAUAUCACAUUACAGGUCCUUUGACUGAGGUCCAAAUCGCUUACAUGAGUAAAGAAACGCUCCAUGGAUUGGCUUAUCUACAUAGUAUGGGAAAGAUGCACAGGGAUAUCAAGGGCGCCAAUAUACUUUUGACUGAAAAUGGUGAUGUAAAAUUAGCUGACUUUGGUGUAUCUGCUCAAAUAACAGCAACAAUCAACAAAAGGAAGUCAUUCAUUGGCACGCCGUAUUGGAUGGCACCUGAGGUGGCAGCAGUGGAACGGAAAGGUGGUUACAACCAGUUGUGCGAUAUUUGGGCGGUUGGCAUCACUGCCAUUGAGUUGGCAGAACUGCAGCCGCCCAUGUUCGACCUUCAUCCGAUGCGCGCUCUCUUCCUCAUGUCAAAGAGUGGCUUCAAGCCUCCCACGCUCAAGGAUAGGGAUAAAUGGAGUCCGACAUUCCACAAUUUUGUAAAAACAGCUUUAACAAAAAAUCCAAAGAAGAGGCCGACAGCUGAUAAACUUCUCCUGCAUCCAUUCCUUCAAUGCGAUAUGAACAAGAGGGUUGCAUUGGAACUACUUCAGAAAGUCAGCAAUCCUUCCCAUUCCUUUGUGGAACUUGAGCCUGAUGACGACGGUGCUGUUCCCAACGUUCCGCAAAGAAUAGCAUCCAGGUUAACGGCAAGGGGUGUGCCCAGACAGAUUCCAGGUGACGGGGACCAGGGCAGCCCGGUUGAAGGGAGUCAAUUUACUGACGCUACGCGAGCUUGGGAUAUAAUGGACAUGAACCGCAUUAUGAAUAACAUUGAACACGUGCAUAAUUGUGAUAAUAGUAGUAGUAGUAGUAACAACGAGUGGAAAGAAAAUCUCUUCGAAGGAGAAAUAACCAAUGCUGAUGAAAAUUGGCUGCAAACGGUCGCACAAGAAAUACAGGAGAACUCGCCUCACGCGCCGUGGUCUCCACGCGUCAGUGGAUCGGCCAUCCUUAAAAUGUCGCUGAGGAGUCUUUUGCAGUACAUAGAUGAAGAGCUUAUCCAAAGGGGAUCGCACGGGAUUCCAAUGUUCGAGAUCGAGGAGACAUACGCGCUUCAAGCAACGUUACCUGUUGGCGAAUCAUCUCUCGCCUCUAGUCAUCACUGUGAUCUACAUAGAAAUCAUAACUACUUCACAAACCUCACAGGGCCAGAUGGCUCACCCCGACGACACAGCUCGAUGGAUGAGAUCAUCAGCCUGACGGGCACGCUAACUGUUAACGGUGGUCAGCGACAGCGAUCACUUAGCGACAGUGGAGCCAAUGACAAGGACUCUCCCCCUCCGCCCUCCUCCGAUCUCAACGGCGAAUGCACGGAGCCGGACUUAUUGUCGGAUACGCCACCAGUUCCGCCGCGCCGGAGAGAGCGGAAGCGCCACACCCCGCCACGCCCUGUCAGCAACGGCCUACCGCCCACGCCCAAAGUCCACAUGGGCGCCUGCUUCUCAAAGGUGUUCAACGGGUGUCCACUGCGCAUUCACUGCACGGCGAGCUGGAUCCACCCGGACACGCGUGACCAGCACAUCCUGAUUGGCGCCGAGGAGGGCAUCUACAACCUCAACCUCAACGAGCUGCACGAGACCGCCAUCGACCAGCUCUACCCUCGCAGGACCAUCUGGCUCUACGUCAUCAAAGACGUCCUCAUGUCGCUCUCAGGCAAGACGCCGCAGCUGUAUCGGCAUGACCUGUUAGCGCUGCACAGCAAGCAGAGCCACCGCUUCUCACUGCACAUGAACCGCAUCCCCGAGCGGCUGGUACCGCGCAAGUUCGCACUCACCACCAAGGUGCCGGACACAAAGGCGUGCACCUGCUGCUGCGUGGGCCGCAACCCCUACAAUGGCUACAAGUACCUGUGUGGAGCCACGCCCACCGGCAUCUUCCUCAUGCAGUGGUACGACCCGCUCAACAAAUUCAUGCUGCUCAAGCACGUGGAGUGCACCCUACCUCAGCCCUUGACUGUUUUUGAGAUGAUAAUUACUCCUGAGCUGGAAUAUCCCAUGGUUUGUGUCAGUGUCAAACAAGCCUAUGAAAAGAAUCGGCUUAAGCUCGACCUUAUCAAUAUGAAUUCCGGUGCGAGCUGGUUUCAUAGUGAUGAGCUUGAAGAUCUUGAUGGAACAGCUACUGUCAUUCCAAGGAGAGAGAAUAUCAACGUGAUCAAUGUCAGCCAGUUGGACAAGGACGCCAUAUUAGUUUGUUAUGCAAGUGUUGUUAGAGUUGUGACCCUACAUGGCCGAAUGAAACCAAACCGCAAACAAAUUUCAGAAUUGCAUUUCGACUUUCCAAUACAAUCUAUUGUGUGCCUGCCGGAUAGUGUGUUGGCGUUUCACAAGCAUGGCGUUCUGGGACGCAGUUUGCGUAACGGAGAGGUCACGCAGGAGAUCGCAGACAAGAGUCGCACCUACAGGCUGCUCGGAUCAGACAAAGUUGUGAUGCUGGAAUCGCAUGUAAUAGUGAAGCCGGAAGGCACACCCACGCCAGGCAAUGAAGAUGGCGCCGACCUGUACAUAUUGGCUGGACAUGAAGCCAGCUAUUGAGCAUGAGCAGUAGAGCAGCUGCUGCUACUUUCAGCAUUUCUGUCGUCUCCCAACCUUGACAGCUUUGACAGCAUAACACAUUUUCCAUUUAUAAUCAGCAUGAAUUUGCCGAAACCCAUUCAUCAAAGUAGAAGCAGCUUUUAUAAAAUGUACAGUUGUAAAAAAAUGUUAACUGUAUUUAAUUUUAAUAAAUAGGUUUAUUAUCUAAAGUAAUAGAUUCAAUUUCGGGUAGAAGAGAAGAGUCUAUUGGAAGCCUUGAAUAAUCCGGGCUUGGUUAUAAGACUGAAUGAACGACUGUCUGCGAAGAGCACAUUGUAUACUUGACAUUAUGUGUUGCGUGUUGCAUUUAAAUAUCGAGUUUGAUCAAAUUUGAUUCACUUCAAUUAGAAAGUGAUGUCUCAAUCAUCCACAAUAAAUGACCAACUUAAGAGUCACCUUAACUAGCAUUUCAAAAUAUUUUUUCGAUACGUAAAAUUCAAGUUGGUAAGUCAUCACUAAUCAUUCAGAUUUUUGCGAUUCCUUUCAAGAACUGGGCUGCUUAUUAACAUAGUAACAUAAUGUUUCAUUUCAGGUACUGUAGCCGAUAAAUAGCUAAAUUAAAUAUUCCAGUUAUUCAAAUAAUAAAUAUAAUAUUGAUUAUGUGAAACAUCUAGCUAUUCAGCAAUAUCUUGAACAAACAAGUACUGUAUAAUAAAUGAAAAUCACUGUUCUCUAUGUCGUUAUUUGAGAGAAAAUAACACCAAUUUCUAAAACAAUCGAGAAUUUUGCUAGGAUUCGUAUAAUUCAUAGUAAUUGAAAUAAAUAAAAAUCAUUCAGUGCCCUUUUAUGUCCUGUUGAAGCACAACAUUUUUGCUUAAUGAAUACUAAAUUGCUAAUAAAAUCAUAUAAACUUCAUUAAAUUGAAAUUAACAUUGUCAUUUUCAAAUGCAAAUAGAAUUAAGUAAAUAACAUUGAGUUGAAUUUAGCAUUUUUUACUUCAUUUCAUUUGCAUUUGAAAAUGGCUCUUAUGAGUCGAAACAUGUUAUGCUUCAAUAAAAUUAUAAUGAUACUUAAUGAUUUUCAUUUAUUCCGAUAAUAGUAGUAUCCCUGUAAAGAAAAGGUGAACAAUUUGAAGUAAAUUAAGUUAAUGACUUCCUUCUCUUGUGCAGGCUAUUGAGAAAAAAGUGGUCUAUUAGGUAUGUUAUUUGCUCAAAGCGUUGAAUAAUAAAUGAAUAAUUUCAGUUCUUUCAUAUAUCAGUUUCAUAUCUUUCAUUUGAAGUUUUUGAAGUUGUUUAAUGGUUAAUAAUUUUGUAUUGAACUUGAAUUUAUCUUCAUUGGCAUUCCUUAUUACUUAAGAAUAAAAUAGUAAAUGGUGGUCUUGAAACAGAUACAGUUUUGGUAUCUCCUACUUUCCAAAAAUAUUACUUUUCUAUGAUCAGUUCUUUUAAUAUUACAACAUGAAUUACAAGAUAACUUGUUAAGAAUCUAUUAGUUUUUUGUUAUGCUAAACUGUAGUUUUUGAAUGAAGUAAUGACAAGUUACCCUAUUAAACCUCAUCGUCUAAUAUCAACUCAUAGAAUACAACAUCUGUAAUUGAUGUACAAUUUCUGUAAUUGUGUUAAUUUUUGCUUAUUAUUGUUAUAAAAAACUAAUGUAUUAGGAUUUCUAUACUGGGAAUAAUUCCAAUAUUUGAAGUUAUUAUGUCAUGUAAGGCCAAGGCCAAGGUAUUGAAGUAACCAAAGACCAUACAAAUGUAUAAUUUAUUAAGUUUGUAACGUAGGUAUUUCAUAAAGCUCUCUAGGUUAAUGUAUUUUCUUUGUAAAAUUGAUAUAUCAGAGGUUCUUCUAUGAUUUAAAUUGAAUACAAAUCUGAUUACGUAAUUAUCUUUGUAAAAAUCGUAACUUAGUUGAAAAUUUUGAAACAUAUUUCAAAUAUUCAUUGAAAUGAGAUGAUUUUAGUUAUGAAUGUCAAGUUUACAAAGAUAUUUCAAUUUGAGAUUCUUCACUUAUCACCAGUUCCAAUUUACUACUGGCUUUGUCUUCCAUCAUUCAUCAUGCUUCUUAUUUGCAUUGUGUAUUAUGAACUUCCACACUGUUUUUCGAAUUCCUUGAGUCACAAAUCGCAAUAGCAAUGGUGGAAAAAUAUAUUUCAUUGUAAGAAAAUGCAAAUUUUAAUUUGAUUUCUAUAGUUUUCAUCUUUCUGACAGUUGUUCUAACUAUUGUAAAGAUGGCUAGCAUUUUCGAUCAGAUUCUAUUUCUCUAUGUGCAUGAUAUCAAUUUUUGAUAGUAAUAGCUAUCAAACAUAGUUACUAUUUUUGUUGUACAUAAACUAGGUAGAGAAAAUUAUUUAAAUAAUGUAAGAUUAGAUUGUUGAAUGAUAUUUUGACCAUCCUUAGCAUGUUAACAGUACGGUAUGCAUUAUUUAUUAGAAUUCUCAGUUUAAUAAAAUCGUUUUACAACAAUUUAUUUUAAUAAUACAUGCCAAUCUAUUUUUCAAAUAAUAACCAAUGGUACCUGUGAACAACAUUUUUAUCCAAGUUAUUACUGAACAAUAUUAGUAAUCCGUUCAAAUAUAAUGUUAGUAAUUCAGAGAAAACUUUAAUAUAUUGAUUAAACAUAUAAUAGCAAUUUGUGUCAUGCUCGAUUUUUUGCAUAUUUAAAUCAACUGGAUUGAAAAAUUCACUUACAUAGUUAAUUAAUAAUUAAUUGUCAAUAUUUAUAUAUAAAUAUAUAUAUAUUUCGAGGAUUCAAUUAGUAAAUACUCUCUGUAAGUAAUAAUUCGAAAAUCAAUGUUCUUAUCAUGUGUGUAAUCACAUAUCAAUUUAUGGAAUUAAUCACUUGUGAAUGAUUCUAUAAAAAUUGUAGUUUAAUUUGUAUUACUUUUGAAAUACAAUAUUAUUAAAAUUUAAAUUUUGAAACAUUUGAAAUAUUUAAAUUAAAUUUCAAAUUCCAUAUAGUUAUGUCCUAAUCAAGCUCAAGUUGUUAUUGUUUAGAACAAAAUACAUCACAUCACACCAACAAGUCAUCCCAACAGAUAAUUAUUAUAACUUACAGAAUUAUGAAGAGGCUAUACUAACGCUCCGCUGCUCCUUUUUACUCUGAUUAUUACUUUGGCAAUUUUAGCUAAAUGUAUUUUUGAACCAGGCUCCAAAUAGGGUUUUGUUAUGAUUUUUUUGUAUAAUGUUAUCUGCUCCAAGAUUAUGUAUCGUUUUAUUAGUAUAAUAAAUGAUAGAUUAUAUUUAUUCAAUUUGUCCUAAAUUUGUCCAACUAAGCAUAGCAAGAACACUAUAUUGUUGAUAUUAUUAUAAUUGGAUUGGUUUUGUUGACGGAAAAACCUGCCGGUUAUACAGUGCUGUUGCUGUUUUCUUCAUGUUAUUCAAUUUAAUAGUUUUUACUAUUUAUUGACAUGAAAUGUCAUAAACUUUUAGAUUUUUCAAGUAUUCUUUCUCAGUUUCUUGUAUCUUUCACCUAUUACACCUCUUUUCGCUCUGUCACAUGUAACAUGUCCUCAGUUACAGAGUUAAUUUUUGGAUGAGUCUCAUCUGCAUUCUGAAAAAUGUCCUUUAUAGAAAAGAGGCUCAUGUUGAAUCAAUUUUUCAACUUGGGUCUAUUCAAAUGAGCUUCCUAAUCAUUUUAAAAUUCAAUUUUUUUAAAUAUUUUAUAAUGUUUAUGACCGAAAUUCACAACAUAUACCAUGAACCAAGAUAUUGCAUAUAGUUUUUAUUUAUGAAAGCUGAUAGAAACUACUUCUAGAGCUAUGAGGAAAAAUUAUGUUUCAUAAUUUAUGAUAGAAGAAUUGCAAACAUUUAUUAGAAUCAACUAUUGUAUUAAAAAUUGUCUUCAAUUUGAAUUUUAUAUUGUAUUUUUCAUAAUCUACGCCUAAACCUAGAGCUCAUGUGGACACCGUAUUAAUAAAAGAGUAACUUGGAAAAUGUAUAUAUAUCAGAUUGAGAGCGAAUUUCGGGCUCAUUCUCAACGUUUUAAGAAACUGUUAAAGUAUUUCUAACAUAAAAUUUUUUAAUAUUUUCCAUUUAAAAUAAUAUUAGUUCAACUAUUCUAUUGUCAAGUCUAUCCAACUUUUCUAUUGUCACAAUGUAGCCCAUCUAUCCUAGAUUGUCUAAUCUUGAGUAUAACGAAGCAUUAGUACCAGGAACUCAAUAUGGUUGUUGAACUGUACAAUUCGCUUCAUCUCCUUCAUUAUGAGCUCAUUACUCAUGUCGAUUUAUAGAACCCGGGAAGUUUAUGUACUAUACUUGAAUAAUACUGAGUAUCUCAUGAUCUAUAAUUCAUUAAACGGGAUAACAGACAGCUAGUCUGUCUUCAAUUAUAUUAUAGAAAUUUACUAAGAAAUUUGAAUUGAAGUCAAUAAAAGUAACCAACCAUUCUUUUUUAGAGCAGAUAAAUAUGUUGAGUAUAUUAUAAUAUUCUUGAAUGAUGUUCUGUAAAGUUAGUAAUAUAAUUCAAUUUAUUCAUCUUUCAUUGUAAAAAUGUGUAGAUAGAUUUUGAGAUUUCAUAAGGCCUAGUUUUGUAAAAUAUAUUUAUGUAAAAUAUUUAUUUAACCAUGGAUUUCGUUUAAGAACUCCUUAUUUAUCUGUGGAAAUUGGUUUUUGCCGAGCAUGAUGUAAUGUUGAUGUAACUUUAUAUAUAGACAUUAUUUAAUUGAAUAAUAUAAUUAAUGAGUAUUA